AUGACGAAAGAAAACCGCACCGCGUCGAGCGGAACAAUAGUGGUAGAAGUAGUCUAUGCAAGGAGUAAAGUAAUAAAUGAGUCUAUGAUUGAUUGCAUUGCAUCACAGAGCACAGAUACAGAGCCACACGAUCGAGCAUUGGUUCGAGCUAUCAACUCCGAGUACCAACCCAACAAGUUGGUGAAGGGAAACCCUAGGCAUACACUGUUCGCAGCCAGGUUCAACCCCCGCACCACCCAGGAUACAAUAAAGACAGAAUUUUCAAAAUUUGGCAAAGUCAUUCACUGCAGACUAGUGAAAGACAUAGUAACUGGCAAAUCUAAGCAAUAUGCGUUCAUUGAGUACGAGACCAUGAGCGGCAUGGAGAAGGCUCUGCGGGAGAUGCACAAGGAGUAUGUGGACGGAGCGGAGAUCUUAGUGGAGCGGGAGGCGGAGCGGCGGUUGCCGGGCUGGCGGCCGCGGCGCCUCGGCGGGGGCUUCGGCGGCCGCAAGGAGUCCGGCCAGCUCCGGUUCGGCUGCGUCGAGAGACCCUUCCGGAAGCCCAUACUGCUGGGUGGACUCAAGGCAAAUGAACCUGUUGAUGCAAAUAGCAGAAGCAGGUGA